CUGGGUCCGUCACUUCCUGCCCUAAGGAGCCGGCACGACUGAAGCCGAGAUUUUGGGCAGAAGGGGGGGCGGGGACGUUGCGUUGAGACUGCCACCAACAUGCCCUUUGAUUUCAGGAGGUUUGACAUCUACAGAAAGGUGCCAAAGGACCUUACCCAGCCAACCUUUACAGGAGCAAUUAUCUCUGUUUGCUGCUGUUUCUUCAUAUUGUUUCUAUUCCUAUCUGAGCUUACUGGAUUCAUAGCCACUGAAAUUGUGAAUGAACUCUAUGUGGAUGAUCCAGACAAAGACAGUGGGGGAAAAAUAGAAGUAAAUUUGAACAUCACCUUGCCAAGUCUGCACUGUGAAUUGAUUGGAUUAGAUAUUCAAGAUGAAAUGGGAAGACAUGAAGUUGGCCAUAUUGAUAACUCAAUGAAAAUUCCUCUGAAUAAUGGCGAUGGGUGCAGAUUUGAGGGUCAUUUCAGCAUCAACAAGGUUCCAGGAAAUUUUCAUGUAUCAACCCAUAGUGCCACUGCACAGCCUCAGAAUCCUGAUAUGACACAUGUCAUCCACAAACUCUCCUUUGGUGACAAGCUGCAGGUCCACAACAUUCAUGGAGCAUUCAAUGCACUGGAGGGAACAAAUAAACUCAGUUCAAAUCCUCUUGCUUCUCAUGAUUAUAUACUGAAGAUUGUUCCUACUGUGUAUGAAGACAUGAGCGGCAAACAGCGGUACUCAUACCAGUAUACUGUUGCCAAUAAGGAAUAUGUAGCAUAUAGCCACACAGGACGCAUUAUUCCAGCCAUUUGGUUUCGAUAUGAUUUGAGCCCUAUUACAGUGAAGUACACAGAAAGGCGACAGCCUUUGUACAGAUUUAUCACGACGAUUUGUGCCAUCAUUGGUGGAACGUUUACUGUGGCUGGGAUUCUUGACUCCUGCAUUUUUACAGCCUCUGAAGCCUGGAAAAAGAUCCAACUAGGAAAGAUGCAGUAACAAAGCAAUCUUCAGCCUAACCUUGUGAGAAGCAUAGAAGAAAGAGCCCACAGCUAUCAAUUUUUCUUCAUAUCAUCUCAGUUGACAAAUGUCACACAAGCCGCUGGAAACAUAAGGGUGCAGAAAUAAAUAAACCUCCCAAACAAUCAAUCAGAGUCUUUGAAAAUGAGCAUCAUUUGCAAGUGAAUGUGGUUUUAUAUGUACCAUUCUCAUUCAAUGUUUUGUGGGGGGUUUAUUGUCAUUUAUGUUUUACAAUUAGAUCUGACAGAUCUAAAAUCUCAAAAAGGCAACUUCGGGCAAGAUUUGUUAUGUAACUCAGAUUUUAUCCAAGAAUUAUAGAACUGAAUCAUACAGUACAAGUAGUCCUUGACUUAUAGCCAAUCGUUUAGCAACUGCUUGAAGUUACAACAAACCUACCUUAGGACUGCUUACGACCCAUAUUCAAAGUUCCAAUGAUAGGUCACCUGGAGUCACAUGGCUAAAUUUCGGGCACUUACUGACAUGGCCACAUUUGCAGCCAUUUGUGGCAUCCACAGUCAUGUGACUGCAUUUAUGACGAUUUGGCCAAAACCUGGAAGUUACUUUCAAUUUUUGGCAAAACUGCAUUGAUAGUGAACCAUUGGUUUGCUUAAUGACCGUGAUUUUCUCUUAAUGAUCGCAGUGGCUGCUUUAUGACCACAUCAUUUGUUUUACGACUCACGAUUUACAAUCUUGAUGACCAAGCUCCAUUAUGAUAGUAAAUCGAAGACUACUGUACUGUUUUUACCGAAUAAUAAUAUUGAUUUCAUUUUUUUUUUAAAAAAACCUAGCCCAGAUGUUUAGAAGAGUCUUAUUUAUCUUUUUGCAUUAUGUAUUUCCAGAUAAAUAGAAACCAAAAAGCUAUGAUCUUGUUAUCUUUUGGGCAGCUGAGAAACUCCUCCCUGGGUGACCAUUUAAAAGGUUUAAUCUUACCGGGAUUUGAUUCUCUAACACAAUUAGCCAAAAGAUGACAGUAAUUUGUAUUUGUGAGACUUCUCUCUUACUUUUUGAAUGAUACAGAUCAUUCAGCUAUCCAGGUCAAAAAUUUUAAUUUAAAGGAAAAGCAAUGAAGACAAUACUUGGUCAAUACUCCAAUUGGAUAGAAGAGCAUCAUGUUAAAAAAAGAGGAGUGUCUUUCAUAAAUACUGGAAAUAUAGUUGUCUUUAUCUUCAGGAAGUCAAGACAUUGGACAAUAUCCUGCUCAUCUUUAAAAUGUUAAUCUUCAAGCAUUUGCCAAACUGGCUGCCUUAAAGGCAAGCACUUACUUUGAUGAUUGUUAAGAGCUAGGUACCACACUGUAUAAAAGGAAACACAUUUUGUGUGUGAACAUUUUCUUUUGUAUCAGUUCUGAGUAUAAAAUAAUUGUUUAUUCCAUUCUGCAGGUGAAUGUGGGGACAAAGUGAUAAGGCAAAUAUCAUUCAAGUUAAUACUUUUUAUAUGGUGUUGGCAUUGAUUUAUAGGGGCUCUCAGUAGAACCCACUGAUUUUCAUAACUACAACUCUUUUGAUAUACAGUAUGACUCAUAAUUUGGGAAAGCUUUGUACAUUUUAUAUCACCUAGGAUGGAUACAAAUGAUGUGUUCUCUAGUUUUUCUGUACCUUUAAAAAGAAACAGUAAGAUUACUGAUAUUACAAUUUUGAAACAGUUAUUUGCUGUCAAAAUAACACAUGGUCUUUUUAAGGGUGACCUUUUAAAAUUUGAAAGUGUCAAAUCAAUAUGCUAUGAUUAAACUGCUUUGGGCCAGAAAACA